AUGAGCAAACCUUCUCUAGACUUGUUGCUCCAUUAUGGUAAGGAAACUGAGGCUGGUAUCCUGUUAAUUUCAGAAUCUAAUUACGUUUCAAUCACCGAAAAUUGGUUUGCCAGCAAAGACAACAAAGCGGCGAUAUUUGUUGAUCCAACACACGCUAGAGCUAACUGCGAGGUUGCUUUUGUUGGCUCUCGUUUUAUCGAGUUAAAUUAUGGUCCGUAUUUAUUAAUAUCAAUUUAUGCUCCUCCCAGUUUAGAUCUGAGAAGCUUUAAUAGCCUUCUUGACGAAUUAUCUGAAUCCAUCUCACAUCGCGUCAAUAAAAUUAUUAUCGGUGGGGAUUUUAAUUAUUAUUUAACCAAGGCUAGAUUAUGGGGUGCUGGCUCCACCGACAAAAGAGGACUUAACUUGACUAGAUGGGCGGCGAAGCGGGAUUUUAGAAUUAUGAAUCAGGGAGACAGACCGACAUGCGUUCGUCCUCAGGGCUUCUCUAUUGUCGACUUAACCUGGACCUCACUGGAUUUAUUUAGAUUUACCAGAAAUUGGCAAGUUGAGGAGAAAGUUGAGUCCCUAUCGGAUCACCUCUAUAUAUCUUUUGAGCUGAGCACAAAAAACUUUUUCUCAUCCUGUAAUAGGCCCCUGUCUAGAAUGUAG